AUGUCAACAUCCACCCCAGAUCCCACUUCAGAUGCAUCUGUCUUUCAACCAUUAUCGUUGUUGCCUGUCUGGUGCGACCUCCAGACGUCAUCCAACGAUGCGAUGACUGAAAGUGAUCAUGAUUCGGUGAUUCCAGCGCAACUUUCCUACCUUGCCAUCUAUAACCCGACCCUCGGACCUACCGACGAGACGAUCGCGGACCAGAUCGUGUUCUAUACUUCGAAAUCGAGCUAUGCACGGCGCAUCGAUAACCCCACUGCAGAAGGCGAAGCAAACAAAUGUCUUGAAGAUGAAGGGAAUGAGAGGUUGCGCCAGAUAGGUCUGGCGCAGGGCAUGGUCAACUUUGCGAGUAAUUUCUCAGCUGGCAAGACCCUAGAAUAUGUCGAAACAGACAAAUCGCGGGUCGUUCUACUUGAGUUGGAGAAGGACUGGUGGAUUGUUGCCUCAAUCGACCUGACCCGAAUUCCCGCCGAUACUGCCCAGAGAUCCUCUGGAGGAUCCGACUCUCCGGCAUUUCAUUAUUCGUCACGAGAGAUGGGACCGCCGCCUCUACUGGUCCAGCAACUACGUCGCGCCCAUUCGGAAUUCCUUCUACACCAUGGCUUCAAAUUGGAUGACAUCCUCCAUCAAGCCGGCAGGUCCACAUUUUGUCUGUUCCUUGAGCGUUUCUGGGAGAAAUUUGCGUGGAAUUGGGAACUUCUGUUGACCGGAAACCCAAUUGUCGAAAUCUAUAAUGGCAUCAAACUUUCUGCGGGAGGAGAGUUGGGGAUCGGCGUCGGGGAAGAAGAGUGGGGCAGCGGGGAAAGAGAAGUACUUGAAGACUUUGUGACAAGGACCGACGGGUUGGUGGACUUGGUUGUCUCCAGGUUUGGCGAUUCAUCUUCACAGCUCGAAGGGUCUCGGGCUUUGGCAGGCUCAAAUAACCAAAAUCGGUGGCUUGGGACAGAUAAUGAUCCUCGACCGUCCGAUGGUGUAGUGUUUACUGGUGUUGGUGCUCUUUCUCGGCACUCGUUGGCGCAUUUAUCACAUUGGAUGGAAUGCAUUUAUCGGUUUGGGGAUGCUGCGUAUGGAGUUGGGCGGGACCCAACCUCGCUGCGUCGCCGUAAACCACGAAAGCAGCGUGGAAGACAAAUUUCGGAAGAUACCCCUCAGCCCUCCACGCCGGAUCACAAUUUUAAGCCAGGGAUACCUCGUCCACUCAUAAUAGCGGCACCCCAGCCGUCACCCCCGGAAGUCAUUGAGGAAAAUCAAGCAGGGACAAGAAAUGAGGCAUCGCCACUUCGCACCGGGCAAAGCAGCGAGAACCUAGGGUUCCCAACUGAGGCGGUCAUGAAAUACCUUACUCUUGGAUAUGGCUCCUCUUGGAGUUUCUCUCCGAAGUCGACAUCUACGCCGCCUGAAAGUUCUACUCCAAUGCGAGAUGAAUCCACUUCAAACAUGUCAACCCCGCGGGAUCAGCCCAUUGGCGCUGUACAAUCGCCUCCGGCCGGCAUAAAAUAUCCAAGCAGCAUGAAGAACAGUCCUUCGGGUGGUUUUGUUCUUGGACCUCGUGAUGAUCUAGAAAAAUUGGAUGAUUUAGAAGAAGGAAGCCCAGAGCCCGAAUCCGAGAACGGCAAGUCCAGGACUCGAAUAGUGCAUAGAACACUACAUGUCCACCUGGCAGAUGGGUCAGAUACCACUCCGACAAAACUCCAGGUCGUGAUAUACGUGAAUCAACCAUUCAUGUUCACAUUCCUCUUUGAUCCUCAAACACCAGCAUUAUCUUCGCCAUUGCUAUACUCAAGCAUGCACCACCAGCUCGGUCCUCUUCAGAAACCCCUUCUAUCAUCAACAUCCCCAAUAAUGGCAGCCUCUCGAAUCGCCAUGUCCGAGACCUCCCCGGACCCCAACAAGCGCUUCUCCACUCGAACACAGCCAGUUUACGAUCUAGUUUACGACCCAUCUAACCUAACCAUCCGCUCCUCCAUCCCCAACAUCCCCAGCAUGAGCGUCACCUCCUCCGCCCAACCAACCAGCUCACCAUCCCGCACCCCCUCCCCCUCCCAAUCAUCAACCCAACCACCCUGGUCCCGUGUUGAAAGCCUAGCGAUUCACCACCGCCUCCUAUCAACACAUACAGACACGCGGUCCCGUCCGCAGGAGGUUGAACGCACAAGCAAAACCCACCGCGGAUGGUGGGUCGUCUGGGUCCGCAUCCCACAGAGCCCAACCCAAACUCCAACCGCGCUAUCCACCACUUCUUCAUCCGUCGCCCUCUCAUCCAUAACCAACAAUGAUGGUGCCUUUCCCGCAAAUCAGUUCCAAGUGCACUCUGCUCCUCCGCCUCAGGAAGCCUUCCUCGUCCGCAGAGCGAGUGACUACGUCUCCCCGGCAAGCCGUGUCAGCAGUGGCACUCGCUUCUUCCGUGAUCUAGGCGGUGCCUCUUCUCCGGUUGGGCUGACGGGGUCUUCCCGUGCGGAUAUGGCGCCGUCGAAGCUGGUUGAGGGGCUUGGCAUGGACGCUAGGCGCUAUAUUGAGGGUCUGUUGAGUUUGAAUCGGUAG